GGACAACCUUGUGAGGCCUCUCCGUGACUCAUCCCUGAACCAAGAAUAUCUGCCAUAAAUGCCUGAUUCUGCCUGUAUGGAGAUUUCUCUUCCUUCAAGAUUUGUAAGGUAACAACCCUUCCUUCGGUCAGCAACUGGAAUUCUGCUGGAAUUUUAAUGGUGUGGUUUUGCCUUUACUUCCCCGAGGAGGACAUGUGUUACAGGUUGACCAAUCAGAAGACCUCACAAUCCUGGAUUUACGCAUGUGACAGAAACAAGGCCAAUCGACCCUGCAUGAGAAUGAAGUUAGUGGUGGAAGAGAGAGAAAAUAAGAGUGCAGUGAAAGAUUUAAUUUCUUCAUCCUGCUGUGCCUCUUGGACUUGUUUUCUCUCCUGUGCUCUAAGGGGAGGCCAAUUCCCCUAAUAUCAGGAUCUCUGCAGCCCAGCCCUGAGGCAUCCAUUCUCUGAAGCAUAGUCACCACAAGGACUGAACAAGGUCAAGAGACUCCAGGCACAGUCCCCCCUGGAAAGCAUGUGGACUCUGAUCACCCUGCGGCCCCUCACUCUGCUGCUCCUGCUGCUCCUGCUACUGCAGCCACUGCAGUUGAAAAUCUUGCACAAAUAUGUUCCGUUGUCAGCGGAAGAGAUAGAGCAAUUUGAAGAUUAUUUGGAGGAAAUGCGCAGCACAGGACCUACCCUACCAACCCCUAAGGAUGUUUUCAAAAGGCGCACCAUUAUUGAUCCGGGAAGACCCUUAACUGAUUCCAACUACUGCACUGAUGAAAUAAAGAUGAAAAAUGUCCACAACAGAUUCCGUUGUGUAAAAGAACAUUUCUUCCUCCAGAUAUCAUUUGAGGAACUGCAAGACAUCUGUAACAACCUGUUUGUGUCUUGUAAGAAUGGGGUGAAGAGAUGUCACAGGAGCAGGCAAUCAAUAAAAGGAGUGUACUGUAAUUUAAUCGAAGGAGUGGUAAUGACAGACUGUGUCUAUGAAUCUUCUUACAGGCAGGGACAGGUCCUUAUGACUUGUCGAUGGCAAAAUGAUAUUCAAGAAGUUAUCCCUGCUUACAUAAAUGAUAUUAUGGAGAUAAAUGAUACUAUCAAGGAGAAACAUGUCCUCCACGGUUACUUCCAGUGACCCUUCUAAAAGAGUAUUCUCUAAGAAGUCAAGAGUAGGACACAUCGCUCGCCAUAUGGAUCCUUACAGUUCAAAAUUGAGAACGGUAACGUUGAUACUAUCAAUUUUAAUCAUCCACCUUCUUCCCUUCUUCUCCUGACAACAUGCAAACAAUGUGGGCUAAGUUCACAGACGGUGCUCUGAGAUGUGGCUUCAAACAGGUCCGUCAUUUAGCACGUUUUGGAUGUGUUUGGAGGGUGAAUGCCUGAAGGGAAAGGGUGGCUGGCUCCAAGAGGGACAGGAAAUGGUUAUCUGGAGUGUGCUCCUAUGUUGUCUUCAUGUACAUCUCUAGCUCAGUAGAAAUAAUAAAGUGCAUUGACCUAGU